CCGUGGUCCGCAAGAAUGGGGUCGAAAUGGCCAGGCCCGGCCAGCCCUCGAGCCCGAAUCGUGGGUGGGGGUCAAGCUUCCUCUCCCGGUUCCAUCCUUUCCGUAGGCUGGAAGAUUCCUGGGCACGAGUGUGACAGACUCUGUCGCUCGUCGAUGAAUCGGUCUUUGCAGCGCACCCGGGCGAGAAUCUUCUGCGCAUCCGAUCCAGAUUUGACAGGAACGGGCUGGUCUUCGAGGCACUGCUGCAGUCCUCUCUCCCUCUCGCUUUCAUCCGUCUACAUUUCGAUGCAUUGACGAGCAUUUUGGCUCGUUGGUGGUUUGCUUAGGUUUAGUUUCGAUGGGGGUUUAGUCGUUAUUUCCAGGUUGGCGUGGAUCGGGUGAACAGGAAGCGUGUUGAUGCACAUUUGGGCGGUGCGUGUGGAGUUUGUGGGGAUUGCAUCGAUUUAAAAUUCUGAGGCGAUCGCAAUUUGUGAAGGGAAGCGAGGAGUGGACGGUGGCUCUCGGUGGUAGGUCAGUCAGAAUGGGUUUUGUAUUUUGAUCUAUGAUCAGCGCUGAUUUCAUCGACGGCAUCACUUGCGAGGGAAGAACCCGGACAGUUAGCGGGUGUCUGACGAUCACGAUUCGUUAGGCUGCGUUGCUGCGAUCUUCGUUUCGUUCGCUAAUCCCCUGCACCCCCGAGUCUAAAUCCGACGCCGUGAGCUUGACAGUAUGAUAUUACCGGUUGCCAAGUUAGGCACUUUUGUUCUUAAAACUCUGAGCAAGCCCCUGGCGAGUCGACUGAAAACGCAAGCAACUCGGCAUCCUCGAUUCCGUCAGUCAAUAAUCAACUUUGCCCAGGCCAAUCAUAAAUUUCAAGUGAAUCUGCAAAGGCGCAUCUAUGGGCAUGCUACUAACGUCGAGAUUAGGCCCCUUGACGAGGAGAAGGCAGUACAAGCUGCCUCGGACUUUCUCGGAGAAUUCGUGGUAUUUUCGAUUGGAGGUGGUCUAUUAGUAUUUGAAGUACAACGUAGUGCGAGGUCUGAAGCUCGCAAAGAGGAAGCUCGAAAACAAGAAGUCGAGGGUUUAAGGUCGGAGGUUACGGAUUUGAUGAGGAGGUUAGAAGAUCUUGAGAAAAGCAUGAAAGGAGGGCGAGGACUUGCCAGCUGGUUGAACGUUGAUACCAAACAAGCUCCAAGUUCGUGAAGAGCAGAAUAUUAGCUCUUGAAGUAGAUGUGAGUGCAUAUCGUCGAGCCUUCGUAUUCUUCUAUUUUGGCAUCAGAAAAAAUUUCCUGAAUGGAAAGCUCGGUUCCUUCUUCUUUUAGGUUAGGAGACGAAAUUCAACCAAUCUUUUCCAUUCACAGGACUUUUCGGGAGUUAUCUUUCAAAAAUUACCCAGCUGGCUGCCAACUUUGUACAAUAUGGAUUUGAGCUAAAUCCCAAAAGCGGGAAUUAUGUCGAAAAUGAGAAACAGCUGUAGUAACCAUUAUUUUUAUAUUAUCCUCAUUGGACAGAAUCGUUGAAAGAAAGUUUCACGUGUUCGUACGUGAAAUCGUUGAACAUGCU